UCAACAUCAUCUUCUGUCCUGAAACCAACUAUAAGGAUGUCUGCCAAGUAUACUUCCACCGAAGAAACGACUAACUAUGCCCGGAUAUGCAGACUGGUCAUUGAUGUCUUCCCUGACGUCUUCAGAGAAUUACUCGUCACUCGACUGCCAUCUGGACUCCCUUAUGUACUUUCCAGUCAAAAGGGUCAGAUUAUCUCCCAUUUGAAUAAACAACAGAAGAAAAUGCUUUACCCCUCAGGUGGAGUGUUCCAAGGUUCUGAGAAGGAUAUGGAUAUUUCUUUACUUUAUAUCCUUCUAAGGAAUCUAGGGAACAUCACUCCUCAUGGAAAGGGUUGGGGUAAUGUUCCAGAUGCUGCCGACCAUUGUCUGUCAGCAAACAUUGAACGUCUACGGAUACACAGAAAUGAGAUAUUGCGUGCCAACAAUGCAUAUCUUUCUAAUAGUGACUUACGGACGAGGUGGGCCGACAUCCGUCAAAGUGUUGAGGACAUACAGAACAGUGACCUGAAGACAGGGAUGUUUGUACAAGCCGUGGAUAGUAUACUGAACAUGACCAUGGACCCAGAUGUAGAGAGGAAGUACAUAACUCCUGUAAAGAAGAUAGAAGGGGCAGUCAGUGAUAUCACAGCCCUACAUAACACAACGACAAGAGAUGUGGAUGAAAUAAAAGGGGCAGUCAGUGAUGUCACAGCCCGACAUGACGUGACGGCUAGAGAUGUGGAUGAAAUAAAAGAUGCACUUGACAAAGAAACCAAAUAUAAGCGCAGAAUGAAACAGAAACUGGAAACACAAAAUAUCAAAUUGACUUUCAUUGGUCAUGCUCGAGCAGGGAAAACAUGUUUGAUGAGGCAGUUACUAAGGAAACAAAUCAAACCUGGAGGCCAAGAACCUACUAAUAUGGCUAAGCUACUAUCCAAACGAAUAAGAUACAAACUUGGAAAGAGUGGAAAGGAAAGGGAAAAAAUAGAGAAAGGAAAGGACGCAGAGUUAUGCAAUCAACGCUUACGGCAACACCACAGGAAUGUAGACGAUGGAACCGUACAGGAAAUGGAAACAUCGAAUGCACAUUCAAACGAUGAUACUGGACAUCCUGGUCAAUCAGAAGAGGGGGCUGUAGCAUCACAUACUAUUGUAUACGAACGUCCUCCACUUCCUCCGCAACCGAUCACAGAAGACCAAAGAAAAGCAAUUGAAGAUUUCAAUAAGGAAGACGAUAGUGUUGAUGACCCAUCCACAGCUUAUGUAACAAUGUUUGACUUUGGAGGAGAUGAAGUGUUUCACACUUGGCAUCACUGCGUCAUGUCGACAAACAGUAUAUACCUGCUGGUAUUUGAUGUUUCCUUGUGGGAAAAUCCAGACAAGCAAGAUAUCAUUGUCGAUGAAAUAGUGUACUGGCUUAAUGCAGUUGCAACAUACUCACAGAGCAAAUCAGGUGAAAAGAAUGGUGUUCCACCAAUUAUCUUGAUUGGUUCUCAUAUGGACCAAAUAAAAACAGACAAAAUUGAGAUUUGUAACAAAAUCUCUGACAAACUAAAGGCAAAACCGAGUAUUAAAGAUAUAUGGGACUGUCAUGUACAUGAGUUCUUCUUCCUUGCGGAUAUGGACAAGAAUGACAAGAAUGAAGAAAAGUACCUCACCAUAUGGUGUGCGAUAGAUGAAUGUGUCCGUUUGCAGUCAUGUUGGCAUGAACAAAUUCUUGGAUCCUGGCUUGCACUUGAAAACAAAAUUAUGCUGAAAAAAGAAGAAGGAAUUAAUUUCCUGAACAUACAACAGAUACUGAGUUUGAAUGACGAGCUUUUGGUACCCCUUGAUGAGAGGGAACUUGUCCCAUUUCUUCGAUAUUUGCAUAAUUCUGCAAGUGUUUUCUGCUUUGAUAUUAUUGGGAAAACAGACUUGGAAUUAUUAACUGCAGAUGAAAAGAAACAUAUGAAAGUAAUAUUAGACAUCAACUGGAUUAUAGCGGCAUUUGGAGCUAUCAUCACAGAUACCAAAUUUGUACGUCUGGAAAGCCUCAAACAGCAGCAAAUCUGGAAGAAGUUUAAAGAUUCAGCAGAACUGAACAACAAGGUACUUGAACUACGCUGGAGCAAUAUUACAGAAGAGGAUCGCCAGGUAUUGUUAUCUGUAAUGGAAUGUCUAGGACUGAUAACAAAACCAAUGGAUGUUCAAGACAGCCAACAGCAGGCAACAAAGUCUGACAUAUAUAUUGUCCCCUGUUUAUUGAAAGAGGCCUCACCAGAUAUUGUACGAGAAAUAUUGGGAAAGGAUGAUGUGCAAUGUACUAAAACAUUAUGUCUGAUAUUCAACAAUCCUUUUGUUCUACAAGCUAUCUGGGACAAAACCAUUGCAAUAUGCUUGCAUGAAUUUGGAGAAUGUACCUACCACGAGAGGAGUCCGAAACAUAAAUUAUGUUACCAACGGCCACAGAGAGGGUUAAUCUACCGAAAUGUUGAUGGCAUUUGGAACUUUGGCCUUCAUUGUAAAGGGCAGAUGCUCAAACUCACGAUGUUUAAUGAUCACGAUAUCAAUGCGACAGCAGGUGUUGGGAAAGACCUGAGGGUUAAAAUUGAAGGUAUUAUCAAACAUGUUCUUUUGAUGACCAGCCAGGGACAUCAAAUGUUCAGCUACUACCUCCAUUGUGACUUUUGGGUUUCUGAUGAUGAGGAUGAAGAAAGGAAGCCAAAUGCAGAGAUUUUUGAAAAAGCGGAACGCUAUAAGAGUUUCGAUGUGGAAGGAAAUGCUCACUUCCUGACACGACGUCAUUGGCUGGCAUGGUUUGGUGAGAAUGAUAAGAUUCCAGCCACGGAGAAAUACACAGACAUGACCAAGGUAAAAAGCAUCCAUGCUGACAUGGUGAUGGAGCUGUCCAGGUGGAUCAGUCCAGGAUUAAAAGAAAGAUGGGAUGACUUCCUAACGCUUUUGGAACCACACUUGGGACAUGAUGUAUUGUAUGGUGUAAAGGACAAUAGCAUGUCACAAAUCUGUGGUUGUCUUAAGGCCAAAGGUUUGAUUGAUUAUGGUGACUAUGACCUGUUACGAGAAAUUGUCAUCAAAAUCCGUGUUGAGGCAGCUGCUGUUAUUGACAAAGCUUUGGCAGAACUGAACUCUCUUCAAUUGUCGUCAAAGUGAUGUCAACAAACUUGGGGACCUACCUCAGAUAUGACAUGGAUCAGUGACCAUCACAAAUUCUGAUAUGAAAUGGAUCAGUUACCUCAUAAACUCUAAUAUGACAUGGAUCAGUGACCUCAUAACAAACUCUGAUAUGACAUGGAUCAGUGACCUCAUCACAAACUCUGAUAUGACAUGGAUCAGUGACCUCAUCGCUAAAUCUGAUAUGACAUGGAUCAGUGACCUCAUCACACACUCUGAUAUGACAUGGAUCAGUGACCUCAUCGCUCAAUCUGAUAUGACAUGGAUCAGUGACCUCAUCGCUAAAUCUGAUGACAUGGAUCAGUGAACGCAUGAAAAAUUCUGAUAGGACAUGGAUCAGUGACCCCAUCAAAAAUUCUGAUAUGACAUGGAUGUUUAACAUCAUCGCAUUACAAAGUCUAAUAAGACACAAAUCGAUGACCUCAUCACAUAUGCAAAUUGUGAAAACGCUGAUAUGACAUUUUAAAACAAUCCUUACACAUGGAAUCAAAGUGCAAUUAAAGCUACAAUCCCCAGUAGCUUCUCAGAAAAAAUGGUGUCACAAGCCCCUAACUGGACAAGCUGGUUGCGUUUCUUUAAAAACAACUGGUGUUGGUGAAAAACGACAACCAAGAUACAAUCAGGAUGUUGUGUAGCUGUCAGGGCAACUUCUAGGAGAAAGGGACCAAGGUUACCCAGGAUGUUUUGGAAGAUAGUUUCUCCGAUACGGUCGGCCAUAUUCAGAGAACAGGGCAUUGUAAUAAGGUGUUUAACCUUUCCUUGAUAAUUCCUAGAUUUAGACUUAUCAUACAGCACCUUACACAGUAUAGAAUGGAUUGUUUACCUUAUUUAGUUUACAGGUAUCCUGUGACAGCCUGUAGUAUAAUGUAGGUCAGGGUGACUAUAUUACCCUGGUAGGCACUUACGGCCCUGGUUGCAGGGUAAUAUGAAAUUUAUAUACAGUUUACCCUCGACCUAUCGCCACCCGAAUCUACCGCCACCUCUGGAGAUUAUAUAAAAAUAUAUAGUCUAUGGAAUAGUUGACUACAGAAACAAAGCUAAAUAUAUAGCCUAUGGAAUAAUUGACUAACAAAGCUACAUCAUGUAAAUGUAUAUUGAAAAUCGUGUAACAUUACAGCGAUAUUAACUGGUUAACGUUGGUGAUGCAAUGUAGUGUACCAUUUCAUGGCUGUAAUUUCCAUAAUUCGUUGUCAUCGCCAUAACUGGCGUGGACAAAAUGUGGUGAUAUAACGAGGGUAGGCUG